CGUGCAAGUUAUGAGUGUCUUUGGUUAUCGUUGAGACGAGCGUCCUGAUUUGUUGCUUAUUUCUGUUUGCAAGCGUCAGAAACAAAAUCACUGCAAAUGACGUCACUAGAAAAGGGCAGCUAUUGCUUUCUUUGCCGACAGAGAAACGUGGUGCAAUUGUGGCGAGGCGAGGGACCGUGCCUGUGGUCAUUUCCACCUUACCCACCUCGCAGAAACAAUGACGGACACCAGUGGCAUCACGAGCACGCAGCCGUUGACUGGGAUGACCAGUUUGGUAUCCGGGUCUUCGGAAAUGACUGAGGUGCAAGACACUACGAUCCAGCCCAUCGACGCACGGACGCUGACCAUGUCCAUGCUGAAGAAACGGGUGAACACGGUAGUUUUUUUUUUGAGGAAUUGUGAAUCUUAGUGCACCUAGUGCGAUGUGACGACCAUGACGUGGUAGUACUACGUAGUACUACGAGGUUGUUCCCCAAUGAUGCCAAUUAGCCCGACGCCCUUGCAUGAGGAAGCAUGGCGAGAAGAUGUUCAGUGAUCUUCAACAACGAACAGCAAAACCAUAAACCAAACUUUAGGUGAAGCGCGGGAAGGACGAGAGCGUAAAGGGGUGGCUGCGGCGGAUUUCGCACCUGCACCUCGAGGAGCUGGGUAUCACGCGCUUUGGUGAAUCGUUCGCCGAGCAACUUCCGAAUGUGCGGGUUUUGUACGCGUACGAAAAUGCGUUGCUCCGCGUGGACGUUCUGCCGCUGAAGCUGGAACUGCUGUACUUGCAGCACAAUGACCUGUAUCGAUUCGAUUGGGACCGAAUAUUCCUUUCCGCCGCACAGAAAGACGCGAUCAGCGCAGUAAUCAACGCGAGUAGGGAUAGGGAAAAGGCGGAAGAGCAUGCUGGAAGCACAACUGCUGCUGAGGAAGACCCAGAUGCAGGAACGUCAACGACAGAGGGCGCAGCUGGUGGAGAGACGACGGCGAGUGAGGCUGCAGCAGUUGUACCGCCGGCGAAACCUGGUCCGACUACUUCGCAAAAAAGUAACACAGAACAUCAGCAGCCAAGCAAGCUGGUGAUCGAAGCCGCGCAGCUCCGCACGCUGAAUUUGAGUUCUAACAAGUUGGAAGAAUUGGAUUUUUCGCAGGACCGCAUGUUCUUCACACGCGCCGACCGGCUUUCGUGGCUGUCGCUUUCCCGAAACCCCUUUCUGACCACGUUGCGGCUCUCGGGCGUCGCGCACUCCCUGGAAUUUCUGGACGUCACCCACUGCCGGCUCCUGGACUUGUCCGCGCUGAGCUGCCUGCGCAAUUUGAAGAGUUUGCACUGCGAGCACAACGAAAUUGACAACCUGCCCGCGGUGGUAGAGCAGUUGCCGGCAAAUGAGUUGACCAUCCUGACCAUCCACCCGAACCCCUGUACCGUGGCCGACAAAAAGUACCAGGAGCCUCUGAUUCUCUCCGCGUCGCGGUUGGAAAAAAUUGACAGUCGCGACAUCACCACCACGGAGCGGCAUUUCCUGCUCGAACUGUGGAAGCGAAAGCACGAGCGGGCGCAGCAGCAGGCGGCGACGGCGGCGGCGGCGUCCGAGCCGGCGGGCUCGGAAAUGGACGUGGAGCAACAAGAGGUGGUUGCGGGAGAGGACGGUGCGAGUACUACAGCUGCCGUUGUUCCUGCGCCACCUCGUGCGUUGAAGCCGGACCAACAUCUUCCGGCAGGACAACAACAGAACGGGCCUGCUCUCGGCAUGGUGGUCGCCGGAAGUGGUAGCAAAAAGACCGCCUACGAGGACGGGAAACAGGGGGCGGCGAAAAUCAACUUGUGAGUCAAGAAUUGAUGUGCGCAGGUGGCGCCGGCAGGUUCGUAACUUAUUUGCGUUUCGAUUUGAAUCUGAGUCGUACAACCUGUGUGUUGCCUCUGGAGAUGAGGCGCAGAAGUUCUUCUGUCUUUUACCACCACACGCACACGGGGUGAUGACGAUCCAAAUGAACAUAAAGCGCUGGAGGUUUCCAGACCGAUAUUUCACCACACGUGUGCAAUCUGAUACCUA